AUGAAGUGGAUUCUCACCUUUGCAGCGGCCGUGUCGGCUCUGCAGACCCUACCCCCAGUCCAGUUCGAGAAAAUCAGCUCUGAUGGCUUUUCAUUGGAGACUGCCAAUCGGACGAUCUAUUUGGAAGCUGGCUUUGCGUCUUGGAGGGACCAAAAUGGGUUGACUUUGAUUCCGCCCUCCGCCCACGAGUUUGCAACCACCUUUCGCGACGACUUGCAGCAGUUGACGAAUAGCUCCUGGGAGCUUCGGACGGUGAAUCGGUUCCCCCACCAUGCCUCUGGUAUAUUCCUCGGUCGCGUGGACAACUCGACACACUUCGCCUACGAGAAUGGCCGCGAAACCGAGGAAGGAUACGAGUUGGAGGUCGAGAACGACAGCGUGGUCAUCAGGGGCUCCGGUGCGCGCGGCAUGUGGUGGGGAACGCGAAGCUUGCUUCAGCAACUCGCACUCACACCAUCGUCUAUACAGGCUGGGCGAGUGGAGGAUGCGCCCGCGUAUGCCACGCGUGGGUUCCUGCUCGAUGCCGGCCGCAAGUGGUAUUCUCUGGACUUCUUGAAGGACAUUUGUACCUAUGCUUCGUACUUCAAGGUGUCGGAGUUCCACUAUCACGCGGCCGACAACUACCCUCUGAGUCGUGGCCCCAAUGUGACCUGGGAUAAGGUCUACUCUCAGUUUGCACUGCAUCCUGAGGACCCGGCUCUGCGACCGCUCGUCCAGCGCCCGAACGAAACUCUGUCCCGAGGCGAGUUUGAUGAUUUCCAACACCACUGUGCGCAACGAGGAGUGACGGUGAUGCCGGAGAUUGAGAGUCCGGGCCACUGCCUCACGGUGACCAAAUGGAAGCCCGAACUAGCCCUUGACAACAAGGACUUGCUGAAUAUCUCUCAUCCCGAAACAGUCCCACUGAUCAAGUCUAUCUGGGCUGAGUUCCUUCCUUGGUUCCACACCAAGGAGGUCCACAUCGGCGCCGACGAGUAUGACUCCGAGUUUGCGGACGACUAUGUCAGAUUUGUGAAUGAGAUCUCUCGAUUUGUCUACCAGACCUCCGGCAAGACUGUGCGCAUCUGGGGAACAUACGAGCCUUCCAACCUAACGAUUGACCACAACGUCACUAUCCAGCACUGGCAGUAUGGACAAUCAGACCCAGUCGACCUCGCCCGAAAUGGCUACACGGUUAUCAACUCUGAGGAUACGUGGGCGUACAUGUCGCUCAAGAGCGACCACGUACCUAUCAGUCCCGCCCCUUAUCCUCUGAUCUUCAACAAUACCCGUAUACUCAACUUUGCCGACCGUGAAGGAUGGCAAUGGACACCGCAGCUAUUCAACCGAGUGAAUAUUACGGAACAGCCAGACGCCGACGCCGUGCCGGGUGCUCUCUUGGCUGCCUGGAAUGACAGUGGACCAGAUGCAACAACCCAGCUCGAAGCCUUUUAUGCUAUUCGUGAAGGCAUACCCGUCGUCGCCUCCAGGGCGUGGUCUGGCUCCCGCGGACCCGGUCUGAAUGUGCAAACCUUGGACAAAUCCAUUACUCGGUUGGCUGCUCAUGCAGUGGGGCAGAACCUGGACCGAAGGCUUCCAGGGGAGAGCAAUCACCACACCUCCCUGACAUGGACCAAGCCACAGAAGUCCCAGGAAAGCUAUAAUAUUGGCCACGGUAGCAAGGGCAUGAACCACACACUCCGCCUGGAUGUGACUGGCCCCUUCUCCUUGAAGUCUUCCGAUGCAACCCUCACACUGUCACCAAGCGGCGAGCUAACCUUCGUCUCUGACGGAUGGCCAUAUUCGCUUCGAUCUGUCGCCGAGACGGAUGGUUUCGACUCAACGACCCAGCCCGGACGUAUCUGGACCAACCAGACCACCUCUACCCAUGAGGUUGUCAAUGUCCCUCGCAAAUCAACCAUCACUAUCUCUACAACUGCGAAGUUUGGCAGUCGGGUGUGGAUUGAUGGUAAUUUUGCUGGAAGAUUUGAGGUUUUCAUUUACGGUGGAAAGAACAAAGUCUUCUCCUGGGCUCCGAUGGCUUUUGUUGCACCAUUGGAGGAACUGGAAGGGUCUGGCUUGCAGCGGCUGGAAAUUGAUGCUGGUAAUGUACAGAUUCGGUCAUAA